AUGUCUACCUGGAACCUCGGUAUAGGUGAUGUUUCCGAAGAAACCCGUGCAUAUAAAGACAAAAUCGCUAGCAAAGAUGGUCAAAUCGCAGCCCAACAAGAUCGUCUAGUUAAACAAGCUGAAGAACUCGAAGAAAUGAAGGAACGAUUGAAUGAAGCACUACACAAGCUCACUGCGGAAAGCCAGCGUGCUUUGCAACUCGAGGUCGACCUUAAUCAACGCUCAGAAGACCUGCGAAAUGAGAAGAUAGCGUCGGAGAAUGCCAAGACUGCGCUCAUCACUGCUCAGGAGAAAACCAAGUCGAGCCAUUUGGAAUUACGACAGAUGGAGAGUACAUUGGAGAGAAUAUCGAAUACUUCGGAUGAUCAUAAAGGUCGCAGCGAAAAACUUGAACGGGAGAAAACUAUUCUCGAGUCUCGAGUUAAGGAACUGGAAUCUAACUUACGCAACGUCACUCAGCCUAAUGCCACCGCAACGCCUGGCAGACGAACCAUUUCAAGGGCACGCUCAUCCUCACUAUCCAACUUUCGAAUUACCACCCUAGAGCAAGAUCUUUUAGAUGUUCGUGAUUCGCUAGCGAAGAAAGAAUGUCAUCUUCAGACCGUCAGUCAAAAGCUAGCGCAGGCUUCGCAAGAUCUCAUGAAGGCUGACAAUGAGAAGUCGGCGAUCGAGAAACAACUUGGUUCUCAGAUCAACACACUUAAGGCCUUGGUGGAGGAAAAGGAAGAGGAAUUAGAGUAUAUGAGGCAACAACAAGGAGAAGGGAGUCGUGAAGACGAACUGCUUAAACGAAUUGAAGAGGAUGACGCACGGAUCGCUGCUCUAGAACUGAUGUUGCGCGAAGAAGAAGGGGCAAGAGAGCUAAAAGAGAGGCUCCGCAAGAUGGAAAAUGCACUGAAGGAGGAACAACAGCGAGGAGCUGAUGCCCAGGAACGAUGCAAAGAGCUUUCAAAAGCCAACCAAAAAGCCCUUGAUCAACUAAUUGAGACUCGUCAAGAAGUGCAACGUCUUGCUGGAGAUUUGCAAGAGAUGGAACGACGAGAACGUACCCUCAAGGAUAAAGCCAGAAAGUCUUUGGAAGCGUGCGAAGACCCCCUCAUGAACGAGGAUUCUUGCCUCAUUGAUAUGGACAGCAUGGAUGCAUGUGCCGCACAGACUGCACCUUCUGCAGCUGAAUCUUUACCUGAACAAGAACCUGAUCUCGAUGCAAUCGCUCAAAUCGAGAGACUCCUGGGGGCUAUCGAUAGGCUUCGUGGAGAACGGGACGCUCUUCGACGAGACGUUCAAUUCCUAGAAACUGAAUCCAGAUUUGCUAUUGAAGCAUUGGAAGCCAAAUUAUCAGCAUCUAUAUCAACAAACAGCGAUCCUCACACCAUAGCAACCAUCGACCAGCUGCGAACCGAGAUGGAUGACUUGCAUGCACAAUUUGACGCUGCCAAUAGGAAGAAUGCUGCCACAAUACUCCAAAAGAAUAUUCAAAUCAAGAGGCUUGGCGUGCAAGUUCAGGCUUUGGCUGUUAUUCUAGAUCGUGUCGGCUCUUUUGGAGUCAUGCAGAGUCAAUCUCAUUCUCAACCAGAUGUAAAGGACCUGGAGCAGAAAUAUGCUGGAAGCGUACGCUCGCUUCAAGACAUGGCAAAUCAGCGCGACGGGUUGCUCGUUCAACAACGUGAUAAGGAUAUCAAUUGGGAAAGGGAGCUAGAAGCUCUUCGAGUAGCCGAACAGGAUGCCCGGGAACAUCUCGAAGACGCGAUGCAUGAAAUUGCUGAACUUAACAAUCAUAUUGACGCUGUUGAAUCCGAACGCGACUCCCUGAUUCUCCAAGUGACGAACCUCACAUCAGAUCUACAACUCGCACAAGAAGAACUUACCAACGCAGAGAGCCGUUAUACUAACCUACAAUUCCACCAAUUGUCUAACAUGACUUCUAAUGAAGCUACAAGAACACUGCGGGAGCAUAUCGAAGAGCUCGAAGGUCGUGUUAUGAGGCGAAACGAGCUUGUUGGGAUCCUCCAACAUGAUGUCCGCCGUCUGGAUACUAACCUGCGGCUACAAGAAGAACGUCUGAUGGAGAUGACAAGCGAGCUGGAGAUGAUGGCUGCUCAGAAAGAUGCCAUGGUUGAGGAUUGCGCAGACGCCCGUGAAGCAAGGAAUGAAGCCUUGCUUCGCAUCGAAUCUCUGGAAAUUGACAUGGAAAACAUGGAAGGGAAGAAAGUGCUGUUGGAAGGACAAAUAGCCGCAUUGAAAGAGCAGCAGGCAGUCUUAGAAGGGGCAAAGGUAGCACUGGAAGAUCAAAAGGCGGCAUUGGAAAACCAAAAGACGGCGUUGGAGGGACAGGAUGCAGAUAAUCAAGCCAUCAUCAAUAAUCUGGUGUCUAUCUUCAAAGAGUCGGUCAAUCAUGUUCGCGAAGCUUUCCUUCGUGUUAGAGAUGGUACUGCAUCUUCAGAGACUAGGACGGAGGACAACAAUCUACAGCAAUUACAGAGUGACAUAACACGUUUGGCUGAAUCGCCAAAUAAUUCUGAUACUCGUCGUAAUGAGCUUACCGGGAUCAGCGCCGCACUCAAGCAAUGUCAAAUGGAGGCCCUAGAGCUGUCUACGAUUGCGCGGAGCUUACGGCUUAAAACCACUAAUGCUGUGCUUUCUGGCGACGAGAAUAAUCCAGUAUCGAAGGAGCCGACUGUUGAUGUUGUAAACCCCGAAACGCAGCAUGAGGAUAUGAAGGACAAACUGGAUGAGCUCAAACCCAAACAUUCUGACGCUGUAUCUGCGCUUGAACAACGACUUGCUGAAGCCGAAACUAGCUUGGAGGAUCUUCGAGCCCGAUAUGCUACUGCUGUACGCGAUCAUCAGAAAGCGCAGCAAGAAUCUGCAAACUCGAUACAUGAGCUCCAAGAGAAACUCAGUGCAGCCGAACAACAACUAUCUCAUACACAACAAUUGCACGAGCAACUUCAGACAGUUCAAUCUGGCAAUGAGCACGAACUUUCUGAGCUUAAAGCUCAAUUACUUGCAGCCGAACAACGUGAGAAGGAGGCAUUCAUCUCGCGGGAUGCUCUCCAAGUCGAGAAAGACCGGCUUCUUGCUGAUAUUGAUCAUCUGCAACAGGAGCAGAGCGCUCUCCUUACUGCUCAAAGCGAUAAGCUAGCUGCCCAACAGGAUCUUGAACGAAAGGUUCAUUCGUUACAAGGGAGAUUCGAAGAGGAGACGCGGCUUUUGGAAAUUUCUAAGGAAGAAGCCGCCCGUUUGGAACAUCGUCUCCAAAAGGAAGUUAACGCUCGAUCCCAAGAUCACAAAUCGCACGCAUCAGCGUUAGCAUCUGCCAAUGAACAAUACGCACAAGCCGAGGAAAUUAUCGCCGGGUUGCGACUCGAGUUGUCUGCACUUCAAAAGGAACUCCAAGUUGCUCAGACUAACUUUGCUAGCUCUGAAGAAGAGAAGACAACGUUGCAGCAGGAAAUCACCAGUAUGGAGGCAGAAAUUCAGAAAUCAAAAUCUCUCAGUCGAUACCUCGAAUCUCAAGUUAAGGAAAGCGAACACCUUGUUUCUACCUUGAAAGGCGAUAUCGAACGACUACAAUCUGACCUCGCCCGUUCCGAAAAGGCGUGCAAAGCCGCAGAAGUCAAUCUUAGUUUGCAAAAUGCGCAGCACAAACGCGAGACUACCGAGUUCCAGCGUGAAUUGUCUGCACUGCGGUCACGGCCCAAUCUUGAACUUGCGCUCAGCGAGCUGGAAGAACGCAAUACCGAAAUGGAAGAGUUACUGCGUGCUAAAUGUACUGAAAUUGAAGAAAACGAUGACCGAGUUCUUGAGAUGUUGAAAGAAAAGAAGAAACUUUCUGCAAAGGUAGAAACCCUGAAUCGUAAAGUGCAGAAUCUGCAAGCCAAGCUAGCUGCCGCCAAAGCCUCAGUAUCUGCUCCCCCUGAAUUACACAUAGGGACUACUCCCCCAAUUUCAUCGCGCGCAUCUACAUCCGCUGCCGAAACGCCUCAGCAUGCUCCUGCAGUUAUAUCACGGCCUCGUUCAGCUACAGUGACUGCAACACCCUCAUCCUCAGUGAGAACCCCACAGGAGGUUGCUUCUGAAUCUAGACGCAAAUCGCUCACGCGAAAUACUUCGGGUCCAUCGUCUUUGCCCAGGCCUAAAACUCCAGAAAGAAGCAGGGCAAUCGCCCCGGUGUUCAAGGCUCGUACACCAGAAAGGCGUAUCGCACCUGAGGCCGAUGAUUUGCACUCAGAGGUUGUAAUUGGCAAGAAACGGGCAGCACCUGACGAUUUCGAAGCUUGCGAAAAUAUGCCCGCACAGGCUUUCACACCAGAUGGCGAAGACGUGGAAAAUAAAACGCCUAGGGUGCGCAGAGUAUUGAACAGUCUGCAAUCUGGAUUCACUCCUGUCCGACAUCAGAGGCCGACUGUGCCUAUGCCGUCCCCUCGACGCGCUGCUCCCGCUCGAACUCCCCCUACUUUCAUUGCUGACCUGACGAACACUCCACAUAUGCAGCCAAUGCCUUCCUCCGCAAAACCUUCUGGAAGCAAGAGGAGUUGGCUGGGAAAGAUUAGGGGUUCUUCUCAGGAUAAGCCUUCCAGUGCCAAGUCUAUAUUCGAAAGAGGGGAAGUUUCUUGA